CCAAAAACAGUCUUUCUACCCUCCCUCUCCGGACACCUUAUGGAAUUGCACUGAAUAUGUUGUUGUUGGACUUCUUUUAAGAUAUUUUCCAGCCUUGUCUUGAUCACCUUUCUACCGAGGAAUAGUGAAACUAAUUGAUUUUGACACACAAAACUAUCUUGAUCAAUCUACACAGCAUUAAAAGCGAUUUCCUCACAAACCCAAAGAUCAUUAACUCUUUCAUGGUGUUUGAUUUACCAUCUUUUGAACAAUCUGUAUUUUGGUAAUAAAACGUUCAACUAUUAUAUAUGGCUCUGACCAAUGACUGCCAAAAUUGCAUUUGGAGCAUCACCAUCUAUUGGUGCACAUUUAGAUACAUUAUCCGUCAACGGGCCUUGGCUUUACAAAUACAAGAGAAAUCAUGGAAAAGAAUGUCUUACACAAAGGAGUGUUUGAUUCAAUCAUUUUUAUAAGAAUUUACAGUCUGCACUCUGGAGAGACUCUUAUUUCAAAUUGUAAUAGGGGAAGUGAAGUUUCUUGAGACGCUUUUCUAGUGUUUUUAAGUUCAUUUUGUGCUAUCAUAUUUACUUGUUUUUGAUAAGGUAAGAUUUUAUUGACAUAUAGGGGAAAACCUGGUAAGAGCUGGCAUGAUAAACUGGACCUAAAUAUAUUUAGUACUAUGCACCAGCUAUCAUGUUGAUCUCUUAGACUUGUUCUUAGAUGCUGGUUUCCAUGCAAAACGUAUUCCAGCAGCUAGCAGUUUACAGGAGCAUAUAGUUAAAACAACACCGGCAAGAUACAAUAGUACGCAGGCAUGUUUGGAAAAUGAUAUUUCUGGAACUGAUAAUAAAGGGUUCAGGGGUCAUGAUAUGUUGGCACCCUUCACUGCUGGGUGGCAAAGUACUGAUGUGAAUCCUUUGAUUAUAGAGAAGUCUGAGGGAUGCCAUGUCUAUGACAUGCAAGGGAGGAAGUAUCUUGAUACUCUAGCUGGUUUGUGGUGCACAGCAUUAGGGGGAAGCGAGCCUCGCCUGGUUGAUGCUGCCACUAAGCAAUUGAACACACUGCCAUUUUACCAUUCAUUUUGGAACCGUACAACAAAGCCUUCUUUGGAUCUUGCGAAGGAGCUUCUUGAUAUGUUUACUGCAAAGAAAAUGGCAAAAGCUUUUUUCACCAAUAGUGGAUCAGAAGCCAAUGAUACCCAGGUAAAGCUGGUUUGGUAUUACAACAAUGCUCUUGGAAGGCCAAACAAAAAGAAAUUUAUAGCUCGAGCAAAAGCAUAUCAUGGUUCAACUCUUAUUUCUGCCAGUCUCACUGGUCUUCCUGCAUUACAUCAUAAUUUUGAUCUUCCUGCUCCAUUUGUUCUGCACACCGACUGUCCUCAUUAUUGGCGUUAUCAUCUGCCAGGUGAGACAGAGGAGGAGUUCUCUACCAGGUUGGCUAAAAAUUUGGAAGAUCUUAUCCUCAAAGAAGGGCCUGAAACAAUAGCUGCUUUCAUUGCUGAACCAGUCAUGGGGGCAGGAGGUGUCAUACCUCCUCCAGCUACCUAUUUUGAUAAGAUCCAAGCUGUAGUGAAGAAAUAUGACAUUCUUUUCAUUGCGGAUGAGGUCAUCUGUGCCUUUGGGAGGCUUGGAACAAUGUUUGGCUCUGACAUGUACAACAUCAAACCUGAUCUUGUCUCCUUAGCAAAGGCUCUUUCUUCUGCAUAUAUGCCAAUUGGAGCUGUCCUUGUAAGCCCUGAAGUUUCUGAUGUAAUAAAUUCCCAAAGCAAUAAACUUGGUUCCUUUUCCCAUGGAUUCACUUAUUCUGGGCAUCCUGUUGCAUGCGCGGUGGCAUUGGAAGCUCUUAAGAUCUACAAGGAAGGGAAUAUGGUCGAGAGAGUAAAUAGACUAUCCCCAAAGUUCCAAGAAGGUCUGAAGGCAUUUUCUGACAGUCCCAUAGUCGGAGAGAUUAGAGGAACUGGAUUGAUCCUUGCCACAGAGUUUGCAAAUAACAAAUCUCCUAAUGAUCCUUUCCCUCCUGAAUGGGGUAUUGGUGCAUAUUUUGGAGCGCAGUGUCAGAAGAAUGGCAUGUUGGUACGUGUUGCUGGAGAUAUCAUCAUGAUGUCUCCUCCAUUUGUAGUUACUCCAGAAGAACUUGACGAGUUGAUUAGCAUCUAUGGGAAAGCAUUGAGGGAAACUGAAAAGAGAGUAGAAGAACUUAAGUCCCGGAAGUAAUACUAGUUGACAGCAAGCUUGACGAUGGCGAAAAAAAACAAAUUUAAGCAUAAUAAAAAAAAUCAAAUUAUGUGUUGGAUAUUCUGUAAAUGUCCAGAAUGAAGUAAGAAAUAUUAUAAUUUUUAGUCCAAGUUGCUCCUCUUCUCUUUCAUUUUACUUGCAGUAUAGUUCCAGCAGUUGACUCAUUAAUGAAGAUGUCUAUCCCGUUUACCAAUUGUCACCCAAGAUUAAUGCAUUUCAAAAUUUUCCAACUUUUAAUCUAUAUGCUUGUAAUU